GCGAGACAGUCUCGGGUUUUUCUUCUGGAGUAAUUCCUCGUCUCUCCAGGACGAUACUUAUGUCUGGAUCUCUGACAGCGGAGGCUUGAGCUCUCGGUGCUCUCAUGGGUCGCGUCGGGAUGGUUUACGCGGAGCAGAAGACACUCCUGGCUGGGAACAACACAUACCGUGGAAUGAUUUUAUAAAUCAGAAACAGCGUUUUGCUUCGGAUUUCAAGACUGUGAGGAAGGACGGACAAGUAAACAUGCUAGAUAAUAAAUCGCCGAGAUCCAAGCUGGGUCCUGCGUCCAGAGGUUGCUCAUUUUACAUUGAGAAUUUGCUGGGGACUGCAUACAGAGCGGCUUCGUCCGAGGAGAGGGUGGCGACCGAGAGAUUGAAAGUAACCGACCGCAGCCCGGUGAUCUGUCCGGGACUGGAAACGAAACGUCUGGAUGAGAGAGGAGUGUUAACCGGGAGCGGGACAUCACCAAACACAGCGUACGGCAGCUCAAGAAGUCCAUCGCACAAGGACGAACACACAGACGCUGUGCCAACAAGCGACCGGGAUCCCCCAACUUUAACAGGGCGGGAGGAGAGCGAGGAGCCGGGGGAGAAGGGGGACUACAGUUUGACGGAUGAAAGAGAGGAGGACGAUGCGCGGUCCUCCUGCUUCUCCCGAGAAGACAGCUGUGAUACAGGUGACCAAAAAGUGCCACGAAAGAAGAAGACCCGCACCGUGUUCAGCCGGUGUCAGGUGUUCCAGCUCGAGUCCACUUUCGACCUGAAGCGCUACCUGAGCAGCUCGGAGCGUGCCGGGCUAGCCGUCUCGCUGCAGCUCACCGAGACCCAGGUGAAGAUCUGGUUCCAGAACCGCAGGAACAAGUGGAAGAGGCUGAUAGCAGCCGACAUGGAGGCUAGCAGUGCCGCCCUCCCCUACGCCGGCCAGAGGGUCGUCAGAGUUCCCGUGUUGUAUCGCGAGACGCCACAGAUGGUCGGUUUCUCCAGUUCUAUCCACUAUCCAUUGACUUCCCACUUCAGCCAUCCGGUGUCGUUCCUAACGACGCAGAUGACAGGACUGAGGUGACUUUAAGAAAGAGAUGGAGAAGACUUUUGACUCUUUUGGGCCCAAUGUUUCUGCAAAAGUAUUACUUUUAGUUCAGUUUCUGAUCCUGUUGAGUUAGAUGAUCAAUUUAUGCAUUCCAAUUUAUUUAUAACAAAUGCUACUGCUAAACAUGUACCUUUGGAAUAUAAAGUGUAGGGACAAUAAUUGAGGUUUAAAGGUGCCCACAGUCAUGUAUUUUAUAGAGGACAUCUCACACCAGGUUCAUAGGUUUUAUGUAUUGCUCUAUUUUUAUUAUUUUUCACAGAAAUUGUAUUGAAGAACCAUAUCUAUGGGAUCUAAUAAGGGUCAAUACGAUUGAGUUUGUGAAACAAGCUUUUGGCAUGUAUAAGUCUUUGUAAACCUAUACAACGUUUCCUCCAGAUACUGGGUGAAAUUUGCAAUAGUUGAAAAAAAUGGUUGCAAAAAUAGGAAUGAGCUAACAAAUUUGAUCAAUGCUCAAGACCAUGUUAUUUGAUGAAACUGUGAAAACGAGUUAGACGUGUAUUCUGCGUUAACAUUUUGUGCAGCUCUGGCUUUGUAAAUGGCAAUCAAACUACUUUUUCAGUCAGAGCUACACAAAACUUUUCCAGGAGGGAAAGGCAGUGGUUUCUGAUCUGCAAUGAUAGGAGGAGUGCAUUUGUUCAAGUAUUUGUUUCAAAAUAUCAUCAAUCUUCCUCUAGAAUCGUAGCCUGCACCUUUAAGGUAUACGAGUAUAAAUGUUUCCCCUGCGUUUACAGACAAAUUUAGGGUUAACAUUUCCAUUUUUAGCUUCUACUUUUAAGCUGUUCUUUCUGAACAUGUUUUCAAAAGCUCUGAAUCUUACUGACCCCAUACACUAGUUGGGAGUAUUAUGCACUGUGUUCUCGGUUUGAUCAAAUAAACUGUAGAGACUAGAUCAUUUAUGCAAAGAAGUUUGGUGUUUGUGACUUUUGAUAGCUGUGAGCAUGGGUACGUUGUUAGCAAUAUUCUUUGACAUUAAUUUUUAUUUAAGAGGAUUUUAAUACAGACUUUUGUACACUGAUAUGUUCACAUGUGAAUACAAAUAUAUGCACAAAU